AUUUCAGUUUUCCACCAACAAUCGCGACCAGGGCGAUGACGACUGCCGCCGCUACCGCCGCCUCCUUCGCGGGCCAAGUAACACCCUUCCUGACAUCAGGACAUCAGCUAUAUGUGGCACUUUGCCGCGACACCAUGCGUCGUCUGCAUACCCAAUCUCCUGUGACCCCUGCACAAAUCCAGCUCCUCGAACAACAUGGCAAUCGAGCGGACUCGUGGGACACUGUGUACACAUCGGGGAGCCUGGCAACCUUAAUCCGCGUCCGGAACUGCACCUUCCGGGGUCGCGUGCACCUUGGUUCCUUCACAAAGGAUGUGAUGGUGGACAAUGUGCCCUUUCCGAGCGGAUGUUACAACACCACCAUCGUCGACAGCUUUGUCCUGGACGACGCGUUGGUGCAAGACACGUUCCUUCUUCACCGUACACAUCACGAGUCCUUUCCGUCUCCUUGCCGACGCUGGUCAUUCUCGUAGGAACGUACGUGAGUCAUGGCGCCGUCGUCGUCGGCUGCGGGACCAUCACAUGCUCUGGCACAGACGUGACGAACGGCAACGGCACGGUGCUCAAAGUUGGCGUCGAGAUCGGGGGUCGCGAGAUCGCCAUGUUUGCAGACAUGCCGUUUCACCUCGCGGCCGUCGUCGGGGAAACCCGCGGAAACGUGUCUGAGCUCAAAGCGUACGAAGACCUUGUCCGGACGUACACGAAGAAAGUGCAGUGCGACGGCUUCAACGUCAUUGCGCACCAAGCCAAGCUCCUCCGUUGCCCCAAGAUCCGCGACGUGUUUGUCGGCGACGCGGCCGUCCUGGAAGACUCGGUCGUGUCGAAUUCAACCAUCCUGUCCAGUCCCGCCGAAGUCAGCUCCAUCCUCGGCUUUUCUCAAGUGCAUUCUUCCAUUCUACAGUGGAAUGCGCAUGUUCACAGCGGCAGUUCCGUCGAACGCUCCUUCCUCUGCGACUGCUCCCGCGUCGAGCGCCACGGCGUGGUCAUGGAUUCCCUCCUUGGCCCGAACACGGCGAUUGCCGAAGGCGAAUGCACGUCGACGUUCCUAGGCCCGUUUGUGGGGUUCCAUCAUCAAGCGAUGAUCGUCGCGGCAUUCUGGCCGCGCGGCCGUGGCAACGUCGGCUACGGCGCCAACGUGGGCAGCAACCACACGUUGAAGGCGCCGGACCAGGAGCUGUGGCCGGGCGAGGGCGUGUUCUUUGGGCUGUCCGUGUCCAUCAAGUACCCGAGCAACUUUACGAACGCCGCGUACUCUGUCAUAGCCACGGGCGUAUCGACGCUGCCCCAGAAGCUCGACAUGCCUUUUGCAUUAAUCAACACUCCCGGGCACAACAUUCCCGACCUGUCUCCAGCGAUCAACGAGAUUUACCCUGGAUGGGUGUUGUCGCAUUCGAUCUUUACCGUGUUGCGCAACCAAGACAAGUUUGACAAACGCAACAAAUCCAAGCGCACCAACGUGGACUCCCCCAUCUUUCGCUCGGACAUCAUCAUGAUGAUGCAAGUGGCGUGCCAGCGUCUCGUGGAUGCCGAAAAGAAACCGGUCAACCUUCGCCAUGGCAAACAAAUCAUUUACACGGACAAACAAGUUCCUGGAUUGGGCAAGAAUUACAUGACUGAAACAUCGCGGGUGGUGGCGAUUGAAGCUUACUCGUUCUACACGCGCGUGUUUGCGUUGGAAGGGUACUGGCACCAGCUUCAAACAGGCGCCAUCUCGAUUGAAACCCCUCUAAACCACCUUGCGAUCGUUGAUGGCCUCGACGAAUCUGCGGCUGCCACAUGGGCCCACCAACGCGCAAUAUUAGUCGAACAUGGAGUAGUCCAAGGCGGGGAUUUGCUGCGAGAACUCGUGGCGGCAUACAAGAGCAUUGCCAAGAACGCCCAAGAUGGCAAGUCCAGAGACGAUAAGCGAGGCCAGCACAUCAUCCCCGACUACACUCUGGUGCACAAGAAGGCAUCGGAAGAGCGCAUUGUGAUUGAUGCCCACCGACGGGCGAUGGACCUCGAGCGCGCCGUGGCAAACUAUCUGCCUCGGCUAUAGGAGAAGAAAGACAUGCAGGGAGAUUUCAAUUUUUAACUACCCAACAGCCCACUAUGUAGCGUUCCCAUAGCUAACAACUCUAUUACUACUACGUACUACUUACUACUCGUU